AUGUCUUCCAACAUCAAACUGGCUCAGAAGGACUACAAGGGCGACAAGGAGUUUGCCGCGGCUCUGCACGGCAAGGAAGGCCACAAGAAACACGGUCUGGGCGCGGUCAUGUCGAAAAACAAGGACGCCCAGGCGGCGGCGGUGGAGGGUUUUUUCCGAAACUGGGGUGACAAGGACCGGUCCAAGAUCGAGGACGCCGACGAACAGGGCCGAAUCGAAGACUACGCCGGACUCACCAAGCACUACUACAACCUGGUGACGGACUUUUACGAGUACGGCUGGGGCUCGUCGUUCCACUUUUCCCGAUACUACAAGGGAGAGGCGUUCCGACAGGCCACCGCCCGGCACGAGCACUACCUGGCCUACAAGAUGGGCAUCCAGCCCGGCAUGAAGGUGCUGGACGUUGGCUGUGGAGUCGGAGGCCCCGCACGUGAAAUCGCCCGAUUCACUGGUGCCAACAUUGUCGGUCUCAACAACAACGACUACCAAGUGGAGCGAGGCACCCACUACUCGGAGGUCCAGGGCUUUGGCGACCAGGUCACCUACGUCAAGGGCGACUUCAUGCAGAUGGACUUCCCCGACAACUCGUUUGACGCCGUCUACGCCAUUGAGGCCACCGUCCACGCCCCUGUUCUGGAGGGCGUCUACUCCGAGAUCUUCCGAGUGCUCAAGCCCGGCGGAGUCUUUGGUGUUUACGAGUGGGUCAUGACCGACGAGUACGACGAGUCCAACCCCGAGCACCGAGACAUUUGCUACGGCAUUGAGAAGGGCGACGGUAUCCCCAAAAUGUACAAGCGAGAGGUGGCGGUCAAGGCCCUCGAGAACGUUGGCUUCGACAUUGAAUACCAGGAGGAUCUGGCUGCUGAUGACGCCGAGGUGCCCUGGUACUACCCUCUGGCCGGUGAGUGGAAGUACGUCCAGUCUCUCAACGACAUUGUCACCAUUGGCCGAACCUCGCGACUGGGCCGAAUGGUCACCAUGAACGUGAUUGGCGCGCUGGAGAAGAUUGGUCUGGCUCCCCAGGGUUCUCGACAGGUGACCGAGGCCCUGGAGGAUGCUGCCGUCAACCUGGUGGCUGGAGGAAAGAAGAAGCUCUUUACCCCCAUGAUGCUGUUUGUUUCUCGAAAGCCCGAGGACAAGAACUGA